AUGGAUCACAAACUACCCUACACAUUUCACGAGGACGCCUACUGGGCCGCAGAGCCAGAAGAGAUAAAUCUGUUCGCCGACUUUGUAGUGGCCUGUGCAGAAGGACAUAUCAGUCCUCUUGCUGCCGCCCAAAGGAUCACAAAUACUCUAGCGAGUGUGGCGUGGAAGAACAAGGCCGAUAUCGAUUCGACUAACAACUCCAAUAUUGAUUCGCACAAUGGAGACAGACCAUAUCACAAUGAUAUUGAACUUGUUGCCGUUCUGAUCGGCAGCUGUAUCUCCGCCUUUCCUCCGCACAGUGUAGUGCAUAUCAGACUCUUCGAGAUGGUCAAGAGUUUCUUGAAAGUCCAAAAGAGGGAGAUACCAAAUCCGCUUCUCAACCGUGCAGGAGAGGUAAGGUGUGAGAACUACCAGUCACUAGAUCUAAGGCCAUCAAUUCCUCUAUGGGAAGACCUGCGACGACUAUCAUUUUUGUCGAGUUGUGAGUGGCUAGCAGAAUUCGGUAAUCUCUGGACAGGGGUAGAGAAAUGUGGCAGCCGAGAACAACAGCGUUGGCGAAACCUGUCGUACUUCUUUGCCCGGCUGGAAGUUGAGGGUAUUGAACGUAUGGACUGGCAUAGUCCGUUGCAACGAUUACUUCCAAAGUAUUGGAGGAUUGAUGAGGAGACAGCUGGAUGGUCUGGAUAUCUGGCAGGUCAAGUUCUGGCUGCGGCUCAGUGGUUCGUGCCCAAGGGCCAUGCAUCGUGGGUCUGGCGAAAUUGCUGUAAUUGCGAGCAGAUGCUCAAUAACCACUCACGGCUAAACACUGCCCGAAAAAUGGAGGGGGACGCGGCGCUGGACGGUACAGAAGAAGGAACCACUGUGGAUAACCAAAGCUUCGGACGGGCAGAUGAUGAAGCAUCAAUUGGCCUUGCGCAAUCCGAAGGACUGCUGUGGAAGUUAGAGAACUGGAAAGUGUGGAAACUCGCCUUCCAACGGAUCGAAGAAAGGGUCAACGACGUGAGGAUUCACGCAGUCGUUCGUCGUGAGGCCUCCAAAGCACUGAAAAUCAUGGAAGACAUUGAGGCACAUCACAGAUGA